AUGUACUCACGUAGAUCCCUCUCUUCCUCAGACAAGGAUGGCAAUUCUACCGCAAGCUCGUCAUCUGAUAUUUCGAUCCUUGUCCAUAUUCCAGAAGAUGAACGGCCUCAUGCGUCUCUUCAACCCGGUGUCAUCCACCGGGCUCCACCAUCUCCCCAGCAUAAUCAUGCCAACGGGCAAAACCACACCUUCAUAAGCCCAGCAUCCAGCAUUGACCUGGGCAUCAUCAUCGACCUGAUGCAUAUCACUGAGUGUUGA